UUCACUGGUUACUGAGAGGAAGAUGGUGGACUUGACGACAGCAGCGUGCUCAAAACUCCGUCCUAAACACUUUGGAAAAUACUUAUUAUCUCAACCUGGUAUUAGAUAUAGAUUACCUGGGGACAAUUAUAGAUAAUACACAGUGAAACCCGCCGAGGAGAGUGACUUUUUACCACCGGACAACUCUUUAUUCCGAGACUGAAGAAAGCGGGGAGUUGUGCAGCGUGGUGGUGGCUGGUGCUCGUGAAGGACGCUAGCCAACGUUAGCCAAAGUGUAAACAAGAAGUGUGAAAGAAAGUGGAAUUGUGGGAGCUUCUCACCAGAGCUGGCGAGAUAAACCACGGAGACCAUCCAGCCCUCUGCUGCUACUGCCUUCUCACCCACUGUCAUAUCUGUGAGGAGCGGACUGACUUGACAGGUGGACUGAAAAGCAGGCUAACUGUAGCUAGCUAACCUCGGCUAGCUUUGUUGUGAACUGUGGAUCAGAGCACCACUCGAAAUGCCACGGAGUAAAAAGGGGAAACGUGGCUACAGCAAGCCGGGUUCUCUUCGUCAGGAGGUUCUUCAGCUGCAGCUGUCGGCUAAAGCCUCGCUGAAAGGUAGUAAAAAUGGGGUGAAGGGAGAGUCGGGUGCCAGCGAUGAUGAGCUGAUGUCUGAUGUUCUCAGCCACUACAGCAGUGCCAGCGAAAGCACCUCUGUGCUGGAAGAGGGCACAGGAGGGGAGCAGGUGGAUGAGCAGACUGCCCAGGAGGAAACAGAAGACAAACUCAAGCAGUGUAUAGACAACCUGAUGGAUAAGAGCGCUAAGACACGUCUAGCAGGCCUCGAAUCGUUGCGACAGGCCUUCUCCUCCAGAGUCCUGUACGACUUCCUGACAGAGAGACGCCUCACGGUCAGCGACUGCCUGGAAAGGAGCCUCAAAAAAGGCAGCGGGGAGGAGCAGGCAGCGGCGGCCACAGUCUUCGCCCUGCUCUGUAUUCAGCUGGGGGGUGGAGACGAGGCAGAGGAAGGCUUCAAGAUGCUUCGCCCCAUCCUCACCGCCAUCCUGAUUGACAACAGUGCCAGCAUAGUAGCCCGCCAGAGUUGUGCCAGAGCGUUGGGGAUGUGUUGUUACGUCUCUGCUGCUGAAGACGGAGAGGAUUUGAUCAAGUCGUUGGCCCUUCUGGAAAGUGUGUUCAUGUCUUCCUACCCGAACAGAGAAGGGACGCUCCCCACACCCAAGCCCGGCGGUCCAGGCCUCCACAGUGCCGCCCUGCAGGCCUGGUCGCUGCUUGUCACCCUUUGUCCUGCGUCUAGACUGACUGUACUGCUCGACCUUCACCUCCCCAAACUGCAGGCUUGUCUGCAGAGCAGUGACGUCAACUACAGGAUCGCAGUGGGAGAGACCAUCGCCCUGCUGGUGGAGCUGGGACGAGAUAUAGAAGAGGAAUUCGAGGUGGAGGACAGCGAAACUCUGUGUCAGUGUCUUAAGAGUUUAGCCACAGACGGCAACAAGCACAGAGCCAAGAACGACAGGCGGAAACAACGCUCCAUCUUCAGAGAGGUGCUACAUUACAUAGAGAACGAGGACUUCACAGAGGAGAAGAUCAGGUUUGGGGUGGAGAGUGUUUACAUCGACAGCUGGAUGAGGAGAAGAAUCUACGAUGCCUUCAAAGAGAUCAUGGAGUCCGGAGUCAGACACCACCUACAGUUCAACCCACUACUGAGAGACAUCUUUGGCCUCGGCCCUCCCCUCAUCCUGGAUGCUGCUGUCAAAGCCAACAAGAUCUCUCGAUUUGAAAAGCAUCUUUUUAACUCGGCUGCCUUCAAGGCCAGGACUAAACAGAGGAACAAAGUCAGGGACAAACGGGCCGACGUCAUGUGAGAGAGGGACGAGGAUGGAGUGAAUGAAUAAGUAAGCGAGGACCUCCCUGGCCUAUAUUGAGAUGGAUACAAAAACAUGCCUUUGACGCUUCAGCUGUCUCUCUCACACACACACACACACACACACACACACACACACACACACACACACACACACACACACACACACACACACACACACACACACACACACACACACACACACACACACAAACAAACACACACACAAAGACUCAAUAAACUCUGAACAGGGCUUUUUCACUUGUGCUCUUCUGCAAGUUAAUUCUACAAGAUUCAAGAUGGCCAACACUUUUAUAGCUCCCACAGGCUAAGGCAGUCUGAGGCUGAGGAACAAUUGCCCUGUUCCUCCUGGCAGGCAUAUGCUUUUCACUUAUUUUGGACACAAACAGGAUUUAAUUACAACAGUUGCUCAGAGUAUUUCCUAAAUACAAGUCAAUGCCUCAGUGGAUACCAAAAAUGCUAAACCUCUUUUAUGUGGGAUUAGAUUGACUAGAGUAAAGUUUCUGUGCACACAAGCAAUGUGAUCUUCAGAUAUCGAAAAAGUAUUUUUUAUUAAUUUUUAUCAAUAAAAGUACAGAGAAAGUAAAGUACUAAGUCUCAUUGUAGGAGUCGAUUUUUAAAGCUUUAUGGUACAUUUGAGAUCAGUGAAAGCCUUCCAAUGUUACACUCACUGAAACCCUCUGGUGCUAAUGAGUGUUGUUUUUCAUUCAUUCUUACUUCAGUUUCCACAUAAAGACACUUUUCCUGGACAUAACCAGUCCUGGUUAAUCUCUGAUGUUUAAUGUUGGAGCAUCAACUAAUGCAAAAAAAAAAAAAAAGCCACUGAAAUAUUGUGGAAAAACCCUCCUCUACUCUGGGCUGACAACCUCGUUAUUCCCCUCCGUCGUCCUCUGUUUCUGCACCCAGAGUGGCUGCUUCAGCUGCCAAACCACAAACUGACUUCACAAACAAUGCAACCUAAAAGAAAAUGUGUGUGGUGUUUUGCGUGAGAGUGUGUUUUAUUUGAAUUUUAUUAAACAUCAUGAAAUAAAACACAACCUAUAAACAGGAAGAUGCCUAAUUAAAAUAUGAAAUCAAAGAGUUAAUAUUGACAUCUUUGUAUUACUUUUUUUUUUUUUGAGAGCAAAAAUACGUUUUAACCAUUUCUGGUGGAGAAUUGUAUUUUACUUUCUAAUUUAUUAUAACAGCAGUACUGUGUGAUUUUUAGGAAAUUUACAAUGUUAAGAACUGUUUACAGACAUAAUUAUGGGAUGAAAAUGAAAAGAGUUUUUUUCAUGUAUAUUUUUAAUGCGGGUUGGUGGGUCACACUAUCUAUCCAUGUGUAUGUGCUGCAGACUGUAUAUAGGGAGUCAUGGUAAAAUGUGUACUUGAAUCAUUAGAUGCAUUUGAAUGAUUUCCCCUCUGAUGAGCAGUAUACGCACACAGGCCACUAACCAGAGCUGCUGAUCAGAAGAGUUUGGUGGUGCCGUUUGUAACGGAGGUCAGGCCAGCAGCUAAAAUUCAGUGUGCUGCUGAUUGUAGUAGCAGUAUUGACAUUUUUAGUGUUUUUUAUCAUAUAGAAUUUUAAAAGGACACUAAUUAGCUGCCUGGAAAUUUCUGUACCUUGGUGAAAACUUCUCAUCAGCUUUCACAGUUUCCUGCAACCUCCCAUGUUACAGCUUCACUAAACUGUCUCAUCAGUGAUUCUGGUGUUACAGCACAUGGACAGAAGAUGGAUCAAAUGAAAUAAAGAUUAUUUGAGCA